UUUCAGUUUUUCACCCCCAAAACACAAAAACACAAAAAAAGUAUGAGUUCUGUAAUUGACCUUAAUCUCACUCCCGAUUUUCCGAUCACUUCCGAUUCCGUCCACGUCAUCACCAUCCCUAAACUAGAACCUAAAGAUGAACCCCUUGACGAACCACCGCCGCCACCGACAAACAACCUUAAUUAUAACAAUAAUUUUAAUAAUAAUUUCACAUCGCAACUACAACAACAAGCUGCUACUGCUGCUUCUUGUUCUUCCAACGAUGUUUAUUCCGAGUUCACUCGGAUUUCAGAAAUGUUCAAAACCGCUUUUAAUGAAAUCGACCCGAAUUCACAGGCCAUUGUUCCGGUUCCAGAAGAACCGGACACGUGUCGUCGCAGAAACCCACCGGGUCGGUCAGGUGAGUUAGUCCGAGUCACGAAUCUUGGAAGUGAGGACGAAAGGUAUUUUCGUGAUGUAGUUAGAAAAACUAGAAUGUUAUAUGAUUCCCUUAGAGUAUUUUGUACUUUUAUGGAAGACGAAAAACGUAGACAUAAUAAAAAUAAUAAUAUUAAUAAUAUUAUUAAUAAUGUUAGUAGUAACGAAAAGCGGAGGAAUAAAAGGGGAGAUUUGAAAUCGGCUUCGGUUAUGAAAGACCGCGGGUUAUGGUUAAAUCGGGAUAAGAGGGUAGUCGGGGCGAUUCCGGGUGUGUAUGUUGGGGAUGUGUAUUUUUUUAGGAUGGAGUUGUGUGUGGUUGGGUUGCACGGUUUGCCACAAGCCGGGAUUGAUUAUUUGACGUCGAGUCAGAGUUCUAACGGUGACCCGGUUGCCACGAGCGUGAUUGUUUCCGGUGGGUAUGAAGAUGACGAGGAUGCGGGUGAUGUGAUUAUAUAUACGGGACAAGGUGGGCAGGAUAAGUUUAAUAGGCAGGCGGAUCAUCAGAGAUUAGAAGGCGGUAAUCUUGCAAUGGAACGGAGUAUGCAUUAUGGUAUUGAGGUUCGUGUUGUUCGUGGUUUUAAAUAUGAAGGUAGCCCGAGUGGGAAGGUGUAUGUUUAUGAUGGGUUGUAUAAAGUUGUUGAUUCGUGGUUAGAAGCUGGGAAAUCGGGUUUCGGUGUUAUAAAGUUUAAGCUUGUGAGGAUGGAGAAUCAGCCGGAAAUGGGGAGUGCGGUACUUAAGUAUGCGGAGAAUCUUAGAAACGGGAAGAUUAGGCCCGUGGGGUAUGUGAACAUGGAUAUGUCGAUGACGAAAGAGAAAAUUCCUGUAUUGCUUUUUAAUGAUAUUGAUGAUAAUCAUGAACCGAUGUAUUAUGAGUAUUUAGCGACUACUGUUUAUCCGCCUUUUGUUUAUCACCUUGGAGGGAAAGGUAGUGGAUGUAAUUGUGUUUCGGGAUGUACGAACGAUUGUUUAUGUGCUAAAAAGAACGGUGGUGAAUUGGCUUAUGAUCAAAAUGGUUUACUUGUUAGAGGAAAACCAUUGAUAUUUGAAUGUGGGCCAUCUUGUAACUGCCCUCCAAAUUGUCAAAAUCGUGUCAGCCAAAACGGUAUCAAACAUAGGUUUGAAGUUUUCAGGUCACGAGAGACUGGUUGGGGAGUUAGAUCAUUGGAUUUGAUUCAAGCUGGUUCUUUUAUUUGUGAAUAUACUGGAGUUGUUCUCACAAGAGAACAAGCCCAACUAUUUUCCAUGAAUGGUGAUAGUUUAAUUUAUCCAAAUCGGUUUGGUGAGAGAUGGGCAGAAUGGGGAGAUUUGUCGCAUAUUUUUUCAGAUUACGUGCGCCCAUCUUAUCCGUCCGUACCACCACUUGAUAUUGCAAUGGAUGUUUCUAGAAUGAGGAAUUUUGCUUGCUAUAUGAGCCACAGUUCAUGUCCAAAUGUUUUCGCACAGUUGAUGCUGUAUGAUCACUCUAAUUUUGCAUUCCCUCACCUUAUGUUGUUUGCUAUGGAGAAUAUUCCUCCGAUGAGGGAACUUAGCCUUGAUUAUGGAGAAGCAGAUGAAUGGACUGGGAAGCUGGCCAUUUGUAACUAAAUUACCUUCAAGUAGCUUUUAUGUACCUGAAUCCAGAUUCAGGAAUGCAUGAUGCACCGAGGACACCAUCUGAGCACUUCUUCUUGAGUCUGCAAUUUGUCUUUAACUGUCAUCCAAGUCACAAAAGCAUGACUAAGAAUACAUUGAGUGUACCAUCUAUGUUUAGCCCAUGGAACAUCUUUUGCAUUGUCCAUCAACUCAUCAAGUCUUUCCGCACCUCAUGGACAGAAAAGUUAUCAAAUCAUACCAUUGAUACAACAAUAAUACUAUGUACAGAACUACUGAUAUAUGUGCUAAGUUGGGAAUCUGUUAAUCCAAUCAUUUGGCCACUUCCAUCUACUUGCCUCUAUCAAGUCAGCGAUAGAUGUUUUUGAAACCAAGUCAGCAGCAUAUAUAUUUCUACGCAAUGGCCCUUGAGGGAAUCAAGAAUCAUAUCGUAUAGAGAAUUGGCAGAUGAGACAUGCCAUAGUGAUGAUGAAGUAUCCGAAGAUGAUUAUGAUGAUGGACUUCCACCUCUUGAACGUAAUUCAAACCAUAUAACUUUGGAAGGAAGUGAUCCCAAAAGUGAGUAGUGUUACUUGUUGUAGCUUUGUAUCUUAGAUUACUAGAACAUAAUAUAUAGGUUUUUUUCACUAGUCUUUAUGUUGAACGCUUUUAUCUAUAGGUGAAUAUAACAGUCCCUGAUGUUAUCAGGUUGGUUUGAACGGUCUGCAAGUUUCUAUUGACCACCAACUUCUCUGCAAAAUUCCAUAAAAUUUUGGUUAUAUUA